GAUCACUCAAAUCCCUUCAAUUCAACUGGAAAGCUGCAGCUUGUUGCACGCCGGCCGCAUAUGGAGAGGAAAAGCUUUCAAUCCAGAGAGGGCACCAACCAAACAGCAGGCGAAAGUGGCUGAUGUUGUGACAGUUUCCCAGAGCAAAAGAAAGAGGGAGAGAAACCACAACACUGCAACUUGGAUAUCAGAAACCGCUCUCUCUCUCUCUCUCUCUCUCUCUCUCUCUCUCUCUCUCUCUCUCUCUCUCUCUCUCUCUCUCUCUUUUACUCUCUCACCCACCAAAUCGACUUUGAACCUGUUUGUUUAAAUACACGGACUUUACAGCCUGCAGACUUACUGUUGAUUCUGUAAGGCGGAGGGAGCGAAGUUUCUCAAUUUGGGUCAAUUUUGGAGCCGCUAUAAACUUUUUGGUGUCCUCAUGGUGCCCGGUGCCGCCGAGGUGCCCGACGCAGUGAAUGAGCUUCUCUUAUCCGAGAUUUUCGGACGAGACGUUGCGGCUGUCACCGACCAUGGAGUCCGGAACUGAACCGGGGAGGUACUGAAGACAUCUCUCUCCCCCGGGAGAGUCCUCCCUCCCCCCGGGGCGAUGCGGAUCUCCUUCCUUCUUCUCACCGCCUCUCUGUGUGCCUUGGUCCUCCUCUUCGCACCUGCCUCGGAGGGCUGCGGGCCGGGGAGGGGGUACGGUAAGAGGCGGCUUCCAAAGAAGCUCAUCCCGCUAGCCUACAAGCAGUUCAGCCCCAACGUAGCCGAGAAGACCUUGGGAGCCAGCGGGCGGCCCGAGGGCAAAAUAACGCGCAACUCCGAGCGCUUUAAAGAACUAACGCCGAAUUACAAUACAGAUAUUAUCUUCAAAGAUGAGGAGGACACGGGCGCCGACAGGCUCAUGACCCAGCGUUGUAAAGACAAGUUAAACUCUCUGGCCAUCUCUGUGAUGAACAUGUGGCCGGGUGUGAAGCUGAGAGUGACAGAGGGCUGGGAUGAGGACGGCCAUCAUUCAGAGGACUCACUGCACUAUGAGGGACGUGCUGUUGACAUCACCACCUCUGACAGGGACAGAAACAAAUAUGCCAUGUUGGCCCGGCUGGCAGUAGAAGCAGGAUUUGACUGGGUCUACUACGAGUCCAAGGCCCACAUUCACUGUAGCGUCAAAUCAGAACAUUCUGUGGCAGCCAAAACUGGAGGUUGUUUCCCUGGUGAUGCUCAGGUUAUCCUCGAGGGUGGAGCUACUAAACAGAUGCGCGAUCUUCACCCUGGUGAACGUGUUUUGGCUUCUUCAACGACAGAUGGCCAUGGCCCGCUUCUCUACAGCCCAAUAUUAUCCUUUUUGGAUCGCCAGCCCAACAUCACAAAGAUCUUCUACGUCAUUGGCACCGACGCAGGACUUAAUAUUACACUCACAGCGGCACACCUGAUCUUUGUCACAGACUGUACUGGUGGGCUGAGUGAGCCAGCGUGCGAAGAGACAGCUGAAGGGCCAUUUCUGGGCUCUAUACGUGGGGCCAGGCCUAGCGAGGAGGCAGGUCUCAGGACAGUUUUUGCCAGCGAGGUCCAGCCCGGACAGUGCGUGCUAACGUCGCAAGAGAAAGGGGCAAAACUUUCAGUCGUGACCUUUGUAGAGGAGAAGAAAAUCACUGGGUUAUAUGCCCCACUAACCCAGCACGGUUCUAUAGUGGUGAACGGCAUACUGGCAUCCUGCUAUGCUGCUGUGGACAAUCACCAUUUGGCCCACUGGGUUCUGGCCCCACUGCAAUUCUUCUACAGCUUCAUGGGACCUUCAGAACCGCAGACUGAUGGACUGCACUGGUACCCUUGGCUUCUACAGAAGCUGGGGGAAAUGCUGCUGGAUGCUGGACACUUCCACCCCUGGGGGAUCGAGCAAGGACAUAGAUAGAAGCCACAGAGACAUGUUUCACACUGAUGACUUCAUCCACUUGCCUGUAUUCAGGAGCACCAAAGCACAGAACAGAGCGUUCUUUCUCUAUAGAAAUGAGUGACUAAAGACAAUUGAUUUUAUAGUGCAAAUGUGUUUUUUUUUUUACUAACUCUACUUGCCUGUAUUUGCUGUACUUCAACAAACUCGUUUUUGUAGCACAUGUAACAAUGUGCAAGAGAUUUGAUUAAGAUUUGUUUCAUACUGGCAUUUCCAGAUUCAUUGAUGCCAGCAGAGCGACUGAGGUGUGACAGAAAAUCAAAGACAGUUUUGUAAGUACUUGGUAAAUUUAACUUGGACACCAACAGAAACACUGACAUAAGUGUCUCGAGUUCGAGUUUAACGUUGAAACUAUAAGUUUUACUUCACCUCAGUGCUCCUCAGAGAUCAGAAACAAGGACUGUGAUUUAAAAUGAUUGCUUUUAUAAGAACAAAUCAGUAAUUAGGGGAGUUAAACAAUCAGGUUUCAUCAUUCUUUUGUACUGUAUUUGAUUCAUCAACACUUAAGCAUCUUUAGAUCAAGCUGAGGCAUACUGAUACUGAAAAACACAUGAGGAUACCUUUGAUGACAAUUCUUGAGAUCUUCAGGUGUCAGAGAGGUUAAGGUGAAAUGACAUGAAGGAAACAUUUGAGGAGGAGGAAGAAAAGACAAACCAACAUGGAGAAAACUAGUGACUGAUCAAGGUGUGAUUUGAAGCUCUACAUGCACAUCUACAUGUUAUUUAUACAGUUAAAUAAUGUUAUGAAGUAAAGGAAGAAAAUGACGAAUGAACUUUGCUCUGUUUACUCUUAUCGCACUAAAUCCACUGAUUCUUCACUCUUCUCUGUAGAGUCUGUAUUGUAUAAAUGUAUGUUAAACAAAAUCAUAUUUAACUGGACCAUUUACAAAGCUCGUUACAAUGUGGAUGAUGAAGUUCUGUGUAUUUACUGAAUGCAGUGUAGCAAUGUGCGGGUGUUGCAUUGAAGCUUCACAUCUGAAAAGGGCUUUAUUAGAAAAUUAUUGAAUGGCAGGGAAUGAUCUGGCAUUCUGUUGUUUGAUGGACAUGUUAUUUAUGUAGCAGUAUGUUCACAUAUAGCUCUAAUUUACAUUUGUGAAGUACUGAUGCAAGAUAAAUGCAUGGUAUUUCAAUGGCCACACUGUCAGUCUGUUCAUUUAAACAUCUUCAUAUUGUUAUCAGGUAUUUUAUUUAAAUGGUUUUAUUUUGUGACAUGUUUUUCAUUGUUUCAGGUUUAUAACUUUCAGGUCAGUGGUAUCUAGUUAAGACAUACAACACUCAGGCUGUAUUCAACUACUGUAUUAAUUAAGCAACAGCUAUGCAACAUGUAAGUAACAGUUAUCUUUUACCUUAAAUAGUAAGAGUUUAUUUGAUGGCUCUUCUUUGCAUGAUGUUUUUCGUAUUUUGUCCAUAGACUUCAAUUGGCAGAGGUACAGCAAAUCUGAUUUUUAAAACUAUGGGAAGCGGAUCUAAUCUUUGGUUGAAUGUGGAUAAACAUAUAGUUCAUUUUACCCAUGUCAGGAGACACUUGUUGAGUAUGCUUUGUGAAGACCCAAACAUUUCAAUUAUCUAGGAAAUCCAAGGCAAAGACUUGUCAAAUAUGUAUAUUAAGAUAUUGUCGGAGAAACUAUUUAAAGAUCUAUUUUUAAAAAAUAAUGUAAAUGUAUUAUUAUUUUUGGCAA